GUUUUAACCAGCUGACUAACACUUUAUGUUAUUUUUAGGUUUUGUGUUCUCAUAAUUUUAUAAAUCAACUUCAAUAUACAGUCAAUUCUAUUAAACAUAAUCUUACUUUUUCCACAAUGGACGAAGGCGUUGGUGAUUGCGAGGUUCGGGGAAGUUAUGACAUAUGGCAUUCGUUGAAAAGAAUUCAGGCGGCGACUUACCGGACCGGCUUCAACUUCUGGGACAUCUUCCGCGACUUAGAGCCCCCGGGAAAGCGGAUAACGGCGGAGCACAGGUUCCUAUCCGUCCUUUGCGGUCCGCUAAAGCACAUCAUCGGUCUGACUGACGAAGAAAUCUUGAACAUAGCUGCCUUCUUUCGAACAAGCGAUGGGAGGGUGGAUUUUGACCAGUUUUGCAGAACCAUUCACGAUAGCGACCCCCCUGAAGAACAAGUAGGUAAGAAAAUGGAGGCAGAGGAUCCAUAUACGACCAAAUCUUUGAAACCGAAAUCGGAAAGACAUUUACAAGUGAUUCUGACUAAGAUGGCCUGCGAGAUUGAAAAACCUUACGUUCUUCGGCCAUAUUUUCAAGAAUACCAAGACGUGAAGAAAUCGUCCGGUUUGAUUUCGCGUUCCGGAUUCUUCAGGAUCCUCGAUUUUCUCGGAAUCCAUUUGUCAGAUGACGAGCGAGAAUUAAUACUAAGCAAAUACAGCUUUGCAUCACACAACAUCAAAUACGCUGCUUUUUUGAAGGAUCUCAUCGCCAUAAAAGAACACCUCAAGGAUCGUGGAAUGCUCGACACUUCAGGAAAACUGCUUCCGAUUUAUAAGUCCCAAUAUCCAAACGUUGAAUUCCCGAUGCUUCCCACACCGGAUAUGCAUGCUGCAGAAAUUGACUGGAAUCGAAUCGGCCUUAGUAGGGCCCGCACAGAUCCAAAAUUUCCUUGGAAAGAAGUCCUUGUUCUAGCAUUCGCCAGAUUGAAACAACAUAUAAAAUUCGAAAAAAUUAAUCUCUGUGAUUAUUUUCUGAGGAGGGACCCUCGUGGUACAGGAAAGAUACCGACAUUACACUUCCGUCAAGCACUCGAAUGGAUAAAGUACUCUAGAAAGACGCUCACGGAUUUACACCUGUCGCAACAUGAAAAAUCGCUGAUAACCAGUCUCUACAUCGAUCCUGAAGAAUCCGAUAGAUUCCUCUGGCAUCCGUUCGUCAAAGAUGUGUACGAAGAUAUGAACAUGGAAGAAGUGGCCAAUUGGCCGCCAACGCCUCUCACAACACCACCCGACAUGAUGAUCGACCGAUUGCCACGGAUUCCGUACCCGGAAUCAGCCCCGGCGAUUCUUCCCAAGAAAGAAUUUUUCGAAGAGUUCUACAAGAAGGUGAUAGAUCGAGACGCCAACAUACACGCACUACUCAGAGCAAGAGACAGCAAAAAAGACGGCACUGUUACCUUAAUGGAAUUUGCUGAGGCAAUGAAGCGCUACCACUUUUUGUUCUCUGAAGAAGAACUGAUGUAUUUUCUACACAAAUACGGGAUCGGUGAGGAACAGAUCAACUAUGAAAAACUGGCGGAAGAUUUCCCAUUGCGCAUUGAAAAGAAAAACUUAGGUUAUGGAGUGCAACAAAAUGAAGAAAAAGAGAUGGAGCGGGAACGGGCGGCAGCCAAGGAACAAGAAUUUAUGGAAAACAACAUAGUGGAAAUACUCGCAAAAAUCAAACGAAUCAUAAUUUGUUCUCAUGUGAAACUUGAGCACGAGCUGAAAAACCUCGACGAGGAAAAAUCGGGCGUCCUACCUUGGUUUGUUUUUCUUUCGACGUUGGAAAACAACGGGAUUUCUCUUUCAGAUCCGGAGAAAAACUGUCUACGACAAGUCUUCCACAAAGACGGCGAUGCUAAUUUUAUCGAGUACGGUUUGUUCUAUCCGACAGUCGACGAAGGCUCGAACGUGCCUUGCCUCUCGCGUAUGCCGCUGCAUGAAGCGAUGCGAUAUGAGAAGGAAAAAGUCGCCAAGCAGCCGCACGAGUUCGUCAAUUUCGCAGACCGUGUCCGUAUUUCCCAAGCUGUCAAAAAACUUUCGAGGAAGGUGACCCUUGGGAAUUACGAUUUAUUCAAGGCUGAAGACGUAAACAAUACCGGGGUGGUGGACAAGCAGACUUUCCUCCACAUCCUGUUCCAAUUAGGGGUCCUCCAUUUGAUCUCUCUUGCAGAAGCGGAUUCUAUCAUGAAAGGCUUCGGAUACGAGAUCAACAACAAACUUUACAUCGAUUACCAGGACUUCUUGAACGCGCUGGAUAUCGUCUUGAGGACUGAAAAAGCAGCUCUACGCCUCUAAAAUUUUCAGUGGUUUAUACAAAAAUUAAAUUUGUCAUAAUUA